GAGGGGCUUAAGAGAGAAGCAAGAAACAAAAUAACGUAAAACAGAAUGGGAUUUCUAUGGACGAUUGCAGAACUCUUGGUAGCCUUAGUUUUCAUUAUAGCUUCGUUCUUGCUUACUGCAGUCGUAUCUGAAGCUUAUAGAAGAAGACACAACAACACGCAUGUUGAUGCUCCUGCUUUCUUCGAGGAUCCGAAUUCCUUGAAACAGGUUCCAUGUCCCCAUAUCCAUGAUCCUGCCGAGAAAUAUAUAUCUUUGGUUAUUCCUGCGUUUAAUGAAGAGCAUAGGCUUCCGGGAGCUCUUGAUGAAACCAUCAAUUAUCUUCAAGAGCGCGCCGCAAAGGAUAAGUCAUUUACUUAUGAGGUGGUGAUUGUUGAUGAUGGAAGUGCUGAUGCGACAAAACGAGUAGCUUUUGACUUCGUAAAGAAAUACACAGUGGAUAAUGUAAGGGUUAUCCUUCUUGGUAGAAACCAUGGCAAAGGAGAAGCUAUUAGAAAAGGCAUGCUUCAUUCACGUGGUGAACUACUUCUAAUGCUGGAUGCCGAUGGGGCAACCAAGGUUACUGACUUGGAGAAACUAGAAAAUCAGAUCCAUGCAGUUGCUAGAAAGGAGUUCCGUUUAGGAGAGUCAACAUCUAGCGAUUCAAGUUUUAGAAUAUCUGAUAUCCCACUUGCUGCCUUUGGUUCCCGUGCUCACCUUGAGGAGAAGGCUUUGGCUACAAGGAAAUGGUACCGCAAUUUUCUUAUGAAAGGCUUUCAUCUUGUGGUUCUCCUGACUGCUGGUUCUGGAAUUCGUGACACACAGUGUGGUUUUAAGAUGUUUACUAGGGCCGCUGCCCGGAAGCUUUUCACAAACAUCCGGUUGAAGAGAUGGUGCUUCGAUGUUGAGUUGGUUUUCCUAUGCAAAUGGUUUGGUAUCCGUGUGAUUGAGAUUUCUGUAAACUGGACUGAAAUCCCAGGAUCCAAGGUGAACCCAUUAAGCAUUCCCAACAUGCUCUGGGAGCUAGCGCUCAUGUCCAUGGGAUAUAGGACUAGAAUGUGGAAAAUUUGCAGCUGAGACUUUUCAUUUGGAGUUUAUUUAUGAGAACUGUUGCGAUCUUCCUGGCAUUUUUGCUCUCGAGUUAUUCUGACACUUGAUUAGGCAACGUUAGGGCAUACAAACUACGGAAUACACCAUUACAAUGAACGCCAUUUCUAACCCUGCGGUUUCUGUUGGCAGUACUGUUUGAGGAGCACAUUUUUCGAUUCGUC